AUGCUCACUCUCCUCAAUCUCUUGAUUGACCUCCUCACCCUCUUCUUCACUUGGGGACUCAUCAUCCUCCUCAUGUGGGAUGUUCACCCCAAUUUCAAACUCUCCUACUUCGCUCUCACUGCUGAUAGGAUCAUUCCUUCUCUUGGUUCUUCUCUCUUCCCUAACCAUCUUGAGUAUCCUCCUUGCUCCUCUUGUUACCUCCCUCUUUGGAAUGCUGGCUUGCUUCCUUCACCUCUCAACAUCUUAAAACGGUUGCUUCUUGAAGUUGGGUUCCUGAAAUGCAUCAAAAACUCAAGGUAUUCGGAGCUUAUGGCGAAGGAGGGACCGGAGGUGAUGAUCGGAGAUGGACCAGAAGGAGAUCGGAGUAAUCGGAUGGCAAAACAAGCAAGACGGAACAGAGCCUUGAGCAAAAGGAAACAGAGUGCUUGA